AUGAACCUUCGCUCCCCGGAGAUCGCGCGGCGUUUGGUGGAUGCCUACAUUAUCAGUGUGCGGCAGCGACUAUCCACGCAGCACCUGCGGCAGCUGAGCACUCUGCCGGGGGCGACGGACGAGCAGGUGGCGCGGCUCUGCGCGGCCUACCCCGGCGCCCCGCCCGAACUUGUGUACUUUCUGCGGCGCGUCAACGGAACGCACUGGCGGGCGCCCAUGCUGGCUGCGGAGAUGCCUACGGGCGUUCUGGACUCCACCAGUCCGGCGGUGAAAUCCACCCCUGUCGGAGCGAGCGGCGCCGGUAAGACGCCAUCGGCGGCUUCCCCGUCCUCCCUGGCCGCAUCCUUUCUAAAGGCAACCUUCAACGGAACCGAUUCCAAGCCCAUCAACUCGAACCACAUCACCGUGCCGAUUUUAGGCUCCGCACUGGGAAGCUGCCCCUAUUAUCUUUACUCGGUGGAGUCGAUUCUUCGGCAGCCGCGAUUCCCCCUGCCAAGUGGGUCUCUUCCGAGUCGUUCAGAUUUGUCGAAGACAUGCGAUACUCAUGCUGUUUCAGCUGUGCAAUCUCCAGAGGUUGAUAAGCCACCAGGGGAGGCCGGCGUGGGGCUGAAGAAGCCGCGAAGCAUUUAUGAGUUGUACAGUGGAAAAGCCGAGAUUGUGCGCGCGGUACCGCCGAACUUAGCGAAGGCACCUGUAAAGGGCGGCAGAAUAAACCCUUUACAAAAGCUGGGACGGCGGCGAAGAGAACGCGGCGCGUCUGGCGUCGAAAACCGCUUACCCGACGGACGCACGCAGCGGGAGGGGCUGCCGGGGGCCGCGGCCGAUCCUUUUCCCGCGGGCUUUUCCUCCUUGCUGGAGACGACGACGCCCAACGAGACCGCAGCAUCGCCUACACAGGCCCCGGCGGCCCCACACGCCGGCGCUUCUUCCGCGCCACCGCCGCUGGGGUUUCUGCCGAAGGUGUACGUCGACCCUCAAGUGGAUAUUCACGCCGAUCUAGACCUCUGGUUGGCCUUCGCGGACAGCAUGCAUGGGGGCCAACAUGGCUUGUCGUCGUCCUCGAGCGCUAAGGGCCAGGACAUCCCUGCGCCCGCCGAUUUGAAACCGGAUAAGCCUUUGAUCACCGUCUCGCGGUUGUUUGUUGACUUCGAGUCGGCGCGAGGGCAGGAUGGGGCUAUUGGCCAGAUCAUCCAGUACACCCGGGAUCCACAGGAGAGUUUUGUCGUGAUCGCGGAUGACUUUGGAAGCUACCUAAAGUUCUUGAUGGGUGAGGAGCUCGAGUUCACAGGCGAGCUCGACGGCGAUGAGGAAGACACCGACCCGUGCUUUACACACGAAAGUGGGAAAGUCUUUUAG